AUCACGCCUCAUCAUAAAGAUGAGAUUCUUUUCAGCAGUGAUAUUAGCGUUCGCUUUAGUGUGUUGUGCCCUCGGUGGAAAGCUUGUGUCCGUUAGCGAUGAUGAACUCGAAGCACGUCGCUACGUCGAACAAGUAGAUGAAGAAAUUUUAUCUCGUCGAAAUGUCGGCACGGAAGCCGAAUGGGCCUAUGAGUCCGAUAUCAAUGAGGACAAUUUGAUGGUGAAAAAUGAGGUUGCUGCAGCGAAUGCUGUGUUCCUGAAAGAAGUGGCCAACACGCUAAAAAAGUACGAGUAUGAAAGCUUUAGUGAUGAGGAUUUGAAGCGAAAAAUCCGUAAGCUUACCAAGCUGGGCUAUUCCGUGCUGCCGGAGGAUACGUUUGCCGAAAUGUUGGACGCGAUCAAUCGAAUGCAGGAAAAUUACGCAAAGGUAAAGGUGUGUGACUAUCGUGAUAACAGCAAGUGUGAUUUGGCACUCGAGCCGGAGUUGACCGAGAUUAUGGCUACGAGUCGUGAUCCGGAGGAGCUGAAGUACUAUUGGCAGCAGUGGUACGAUGCGGCUGGUGCACCAACGAGAGAAGACUUUCAGAAAUACGUUGAUCUCAAUGGAGUUGCGGCAAGAAUGAACAAUUAUGCAUCGGGUGCUGAGUAUUGGUUAAGCGCGUACGAAGAUGAUACGUUUGAAGAGCAAGUCGAUGCUGUGAUCGAGGAGCUGCGUCCACUGUACGAACAAAUUCAUGCCAACGUUCGUUACCAGCUGCGAAAGUAUUAUGGUGAGGAUGUGGUGUCAGAGAAGGGACCAAUUCCGAUGCACUUGCUAGGCAACAUGUGGGCACAGAAGUGGGGCAACAUUGCAGAUAUUACCAGCCCGUUCCCCGACCGUCAGCUGCUUGAUGUGACGGAGGAGAUGGUACGCCAAGGAUACAACCCGAUUCAGAUGUUCGAAAUGGGCGAUAAGUUCUUCCAAUCGAUGAAUAUGACCAAGCUGCCAGCUACCUUCUGGGAGAAAAGUAUUCUCGAAAAGCCGGACGAUGGUAGAGAUCUGGUAUGUCAUGCCAGUGCUUGGGAGUUCUCGAAAACGGAUGACGUGCGCAUUAAGCAAUGCACACGUGUAACGAUGGAACAGUUCUUCACGGUGCACCACGAGCUGGGACAUGUACAGUACUUCCUACAGUACCAGCACCUUCCAAGCAUGUACCGUGAUGGAGCCAAUCCUGGGUUCCAUGAGGCCGUCGGUGAUGUUCUAUCGUUGUCUGUUUCCACCCCGAAACAUUUGGAGAAGAUUGGACUGUUGAAAGACUACGUUGAAGAUGAGGAAUCGAAGCUGAACCAGUUUUAUGGUUCUGCACUGAACAAACUGGUGUUCCUGCCGUUUGCCUACACCCUGGAUAAGUACCGGUGGGGAAUCUUCCGUGGCGAUAUCAAGCCCGAGGAGUACAACUGCAAGUUCUGGGAGAUGCGCUCGAAGUUUUCGGGUGUUGAGCCUCCGGUAGUUCGUUCGGAAUCAGAUUUGGAUGCACCGGCCAAGUACCACGUCUCGGCUGAUGUUGAGUAUCUGCGAUAUUUCGUGUCAUUCAUCAUUCAGUUCCAGUUCCACCGAGCUGCUUGCGAAAAGGCGGGAGAGUAUGUGAAGGGUGAUCCCGAGAAGACGUUGAACAACUGUGACAUCUACCAGAGUGUUGAGGCGGGUAAUGCCAUCAAGGCUAUGCUGGAGCUGGGAUCAUCGAAGCCGUGGCCAGAUGCAAUGGAGGUCCUUACUGGGGAGCGUCGCAUGAGUGCCGAUGCGUUGAUUGAAUACUUCCGGCCAUUGUACGAUUGGUUGGUGGUAGAAAACGAACGCAUUGGAGCACAUGUCGGAUGGGAAAAUACCACAAUGUGCGUCUCAUAGAAUUGAUCGUGUCUGAUAGAUGUGCUUUAUGGCAAGCAAAACGUUUUUAUUGCGAUCAAAAGCAACCAACGCUAGCAAAUACACGGUCGAUGAAUAAAUGUCCAGUAGCUUCUUUC